AUGGCACCUACCAGUUCAACUGCUCCAAAGAGGGGCAUCUCGCCUGGAUGGGACAGUCACAUGUCAGUUAAGGAACCAGCUAAGAAGAAGCACAGAGGUGGCAAGUUGAGCAAGGGAAAGAUUGAGGAGUUGGUGUUGAAGAAGAAAGAGUUCCUACAGUAUUUGGAGGAAAAGGGCGAUGAAUGGGGGGUUUCUUCUGCAUUUCUGCUGUGCAGCAUGAAUCUCAGCAAGAGUCUUCAAACUUCGAAAACCACCAUUGCUUGGAAUAAGUUCCAGCACGACUUCGCUCAGGACUGUGAGGGGGAUUAUUCUGCCGUGAAGGCGUCAGCCAUGUUCAACAAACUUCAUGAUGAGCAUGGCGGUGAAGGCUCAGAGGACUGGAAGGAUCACUGCAAGAAGAUGGUGGCACAGUUCAACAUGGAGAAGCAAGAGGCGAUCAAAGACAUGGCUCUUGUUGAUAACAAUCAAGCAGUUGCCAUGAAACGGCUUGAGGGAGAACUCAGGGGCACCAUUGACCUUGCUUGA